AUGCAGGGCCCAGAUUUGCAAACCUUGGCGGAGACCCUAGUGUCUCUCGAUGAGCAAUCCGCUGUGAGCGUGAUUUGCUCUGUCCUGGAGUCACGGCCGGAGCUGGCGCCGUCCGUGGUGACCUUCUCGGUGCCGGAUUUGACCUACCCGCCCAUCCGGGCGAUCACCGAACGGCGCUCAGAGGGCGUCAUCAAGACCUUCUAUGAACAAAAGGGGUACGGCUUCAUCACAUGCGAAGAGUUGCAAAAGGUCUUUGGGAAUGAUGUCUUCCUGGUGGGCCAGCAAUUUAAUGGAUUCCAAGUCGGCCAACAGGUGACCUUUGCCGUGGCCUUGAACAAAGACAACAAGCCACAGGCUUACGACCUGCGGCACCAUACAGGAGCUCAGGUCCCAUCCAACGCCUAUGUUGCGAAAGGUGCCGCUAAGGGCACGCAGCAGGGCAUGCAUCAGGGCGCGAAUCAAAAAGGCCAGUGGCAAAGCCAAGCUCAGUCUUCGACUUGGGGCGGCCAAGAGGAGAAAUGGAAGAAGGAGGAAACCUGGAACUCCCAGGACAAGUGGCAGAACAACCAACAAGACAAAUGGGGCGGACAAGACAAGUCGUGGAACGCCCAGGCUUCAUGGCCGGCGCAGUCCCAGCAGUGGACGCAACCUGCGAAAAGGAAAGAUUUUGGCUUUCAGGUGGACCCUGAGAAGGUCAUUGGAGAUUAUCAGGGCUACAUCAAGAGCUUUAACCCCAGCAAUGGUUACGGCUUCAUCGUGUGUGAGGCAUUAAAGGUGGAAGGCUACACGAACGACGUCUUCCUCCAUUCAGCGCAGUUCACGGAGGGCGGAUUCAUGGUGGGUGCUGAGGUGGAGUUCACAGCCUUCAUCAAUGGCAAGAAUCAGCCCCAGGCCAUUGAACUGAGAGCCCCUGGCUCCGGGUCCUGGGGAAACAAGCGGCAGAGGAAUGGCUGA